CACUUUUCAUUCUUCUUUUACAGCGUUGCGUUAAGAAGGUAGUGAAGAACCCAAGUCAGUGCGCUUGCGUAAAGUGUACUAUGUCCUCUCGAGAACUCCACCUUAAUCCUGUACCUUUUGAAGCUUUGUCAUGUUUGAUUCAAAUGUCGACGAACUUUGGUUGCAUGGGAGGUCAAUCUUCAAACCAACUGAUAUCGAAACUCAAAGAGUUGUUGAAAAAGCGUAUGUGCUCACUUUACCAGGCCUGUACAACUAACCAGGACCUUUGCACUUUUGCUUGACUUCCGACUACGAAAGAUACCCGAAUAGCAGGCACGUAUUUUUGUGUAUAAUGCUGUGCAUGCAGUAACAAAAGUGAGGUUCGGUGAUACUUCUGUACUUUGUGAAUACAAGGACUGGGAGAUAAAGAUCGAGGCACAGUCACACAGCAUAUAAAUUGGACUGUUGUGACUGAUGAUGAGCCCUGUUUAUCUCGAGCACUGAUUCAGGAAAGACGGAGAACGCCGUUUAGUUCAGUGAUUUAUUUCCAUUUCCCCUCCUGAGUGACUUGUCAGCGUUCUGUCGUUAUGGCCGUGACGUGGGCCUUUCGUUGUACGGUCUGGGGUUUUAUCUCUGCCUGUGUCACCGCGUAUGUCGUCCGUAGUUACCUGCUUGGUGACACAUCUUUGACCGGUACAGCCGUUACCGGUGUAUGGCUGAUCUUGGGAACCCUUUCCACGGUGAUUGCCUUCCACAUCUCAACGCUGCGAUGCUCUGAGACUCACACCUUGAAGACACUUCUAUUAGAGUACGCCAUCAACCUUGCGACCGACUUCUUCGAUCCGUACAUUUUUGGGAAGCUUAAGAUGGCCUGGAAAGAGCCUCGCAAGGCGCAGGAAAAGUUCCUCCGAGAGCUGAUCUCCCGCGACGCAGAUACAGAGUACGGCAGACGAUACUUGACAGGCAUCCAAUCACUGCAGGAUUUCCGAGACAAACAUCCACUCACCAAGUAUGAUCACUACCAGGAUUACUUCCAGAGGCUGGCAGACGGGGAGAAGAACGUCUGCGUGGCAGCCAAAGUGGACAGGUUCGGAGUCUCGUCUGGCACCACGGGAACGGGCAAGCUUAUUCCUUUGAUACUAAAGACAAGUGCUGGAAUGAUCUUGAUAAUGAACCACAAACGUCUGUAUAAGUCAAGCCCCGUACAGAGGGUAGCCACCCUGUACUGCCGGCCAGCCAAGAAGUUCACCAAGUCAGGACUACCCAUUGCUCCCUUGUUCUUCAUCGGUGAUACUGAACUCACAAAAAUGUGCUGCACAGCCAUUCAAAACACACCCUUUUCCGCCUUCCGUAUUUCAACUGAUUUCGAAGCCACCUACGUCCACCUCCUCUUUGCUUUGACCGACAAAAACUUGGCGUCAUUCUCGGCUUCAUUCGCGUCACAGGUGUACAGGGCGUUCUCCAUGCUGGAAGAUGAGCAAGACAUGUUCUUGGAGGAUCUUUCUGAAGGCAGGAUCAAUCUUAGACUGAACAUUGAUGCGGAGAUACGGCGUUCGCUGGAUGCUGCAUUGAAGGCCAACCCAGCCAGGGCUGAUGAGCUGAGAGCAGAGUUUGCUCGAGGUUUUGUGGGCAUCGCCGGCAGAAUCUGGCCGCAUCUGCAGGGCAUCACGGCUGUCGACAUAUCUGGAUACAUGAAAAAGCUCAACGAGAGAUACACAAAAGGGAUCGCAUUUUUCAGUCCAAUCUACGGCUGCACUGAGUCCCUCCUUGCCGUCAACAUGUGGUUGGACGGGAGACCGCAGCAGUAUGUGCCUCUUGUCAAUGAAGUUCUGACCGAGUUUAUUCCCGAAGACCACAGUGAGAAGGAGAAUCCAGAAACGUUGAUGAUUGAUGAGAUCGAGGUUGGGAAGCGCUACGAGAUAGUCCUCACAACCAUAAAUGGGUUCUACCGCUACCGCAUGGGCGACGUGGUCGAGGUUGUGGGUUUCCAUGAGAACUGCCCGGUGAUUCAAGUGAAAUACAGAACUGGCGAGCUGUUGAAUUUACGCAGCGAGAAGAUUGACAAGGUUGUAGUGAACAACGCCAUACAGGAGAGCUUGACCAGCUGGCCAGGGGCGACGCUGGUGGAAUGGACAUGCGCAGAGAGUCCAUUGAUGUACGGGGACGAGGAGCAUGUUGAUUUUGACAUGUUGUACCUACUGUUCAUCGAGUUGGAAUCAGUGGACGGCUUCCGUUUAUUAGAGGAGCAGAAGUCAUUGUUCGAUAAGUCACUUCGCAAGCAGCACGAGUUCUACGACCACUACCGCCAAGUUGGCACCAUCUGCGAGGCUCGCGUGAUGAUCGUUCGCCCAGGAUCCUUCAAGAAAUUGCAAGACUUCAUAAUAGCGACCUCUACAGCCAGUUAUAACCAGUUCAAAACACCCAAAAAGCUGCGCACAAAGGCGACUCUUGAUCUCAUGAUGAAGUGUGCAGUAGAUGUUUAAUAUAUGCCAUAAAAAGCUGUAGGCUUUAUUGAAUAACCCUUACUGUGUUUUGCCAAUGUUUUAUUUUUACAGUGCAUAGAAAAGUGCUCAUUCGCGAACAAAAGUGUGAAUCAUUAUAGGGUGUCCUGGAUAUUUAAUAAAAUCUGUCAUAAAAACCUGUAGGCUUUUUAUGGAGGAACCCUUGUUGUUAGUGUCUGAUGUCACGCGCACGUUUUGCCAAUUGUGUUGUUUCUUUGGGUUUUUUUUUACAGUGCACAGAAAAGUGCUUAUUCGCGAACAACAGUGUGAAUCGUUAAUGAUAAUAAUAAUAAUAAUCGGCAUUUAAGAACGCUCUUAUCAGUAAACUGAAUCACAGUGCUUACAAUGUUAUUAUUACCCCUGAUUAUUGGGCCAAUUAAAAACAUUCAAAAUGCCAUCUCGGCUCCCUGGGGAGUAUA